CAGUCCGUGAUGGACGCGCACUUUGGACAGGUGCCGCUCACCGUUACGCACAGUAAGUAAAAGGUUAUUAGUCUACCCCCGGCACGGGUUCAUAUGGAGAAAACGACGUGUUUCCUUGAUCGGCUCCGGUUCUCAGGAUAUGGCAGGGUUAACCAGCUCGGCGGGGUCUUCAUUAACGGGCACCCGUUGCCCUCCGUGGUGAGACAGCGCAUCGUGGAGAUGGCGCAACGGGGCGUGCGUCCCAGUGAGAUCUCCCGCCGCCUGCGCGUCAGUCACGGCUGUGUCAGCAAGCUACUGACCAGGUACAAUGACACAGGGAGCAUCAGACCGGGGGUGAUUGGAGGCUCCAAACCCAAAGUGGCCACUCCCAGAGUUGUGCAGACGAUCCUUCAUCUGAAACACACAAAUCCCAACAUGUUCGCCUGGGAGAUCCGAGACAGGCUGCUGCUGGAGCAAGUGUGCAACAGUGAUGGUGUGCCUAGCAUCAGCUCCAUCAACAGGAUCAUCAGAAACAAAGCACAGUCUGAGUCUUUUGGAGCCGUAUCAUCAGCAUCAUCUGUUGCCAUGGGAAACGCCUAUUCCAUUAAUGGGCUGAUCAGAAAAUGCGGCAAACAUGGGGAAGGGGGCGACGUCUCCCGCUGCGUCUGCCGCAACCAGCCGUGCUCCUGUGAUGAAGCCCGUGGACGGUCCAACCACGGCCUCGCCUGCAUCUCCAGCCUGACCUUCUACCCUGGUCUGCCAGCUAAUCAUCAUCCAGACCUCUCAGGGCGUCUGUGUCAUUACAGCUGAACAGUGCUGCGGAAGAUUGAUUAUUCCAACAUGCCUGACGUCGGCUUAGGAGCACAAAUCACCAAACAUGUUGAAAUAAAAC